AUGCAGGUCCAGGUAUCACAGGUACAGGACAUCAGCUGCAGUCUUUGCCUCAGCAUCAGCCCCUCCCCCUGCCCUCCUAACCUGACUGACCUGGGCUUGCUCUCCCCCCUCUCCCCCUCUCCCCCCUCUUCCCCCCUGGCUCUCCUGCAGGUCCUGGCCUCCCUGACGCCCUCCUCCGCCUCGCGCAGUAACGCCCCCCCUCCUGUGCCUCUCCCGCAGAGCUACGAACCCGACGAGCUGACGGAGGAGAUGGCCCACCUGGAGGGCCUCAUGAAAGACCUGAACGCAAUCACCACCGCGCCCUAG